GGGGCGUGCACAGCAUCCGGUUGGGGAUCGACGUCCUGGACUGGCGGAACCAGCGACGACCUCCUGUACGUGGACAUCGACUUCAUCGACGACGACACGUGCAUGGAGAUGUGGGCGCCGGACCCCAGCAGCCCGAUUCCUGAGCAGAACAUCUGUGCCGGGGUCGAGGAAGGAUUCCACACAGUCUGCUAUGGUGAUUCAGGCGGACCCAUGGUGUGCGAUGCUGACGAUGGCGGCCGAUACCUGUUCGGAUCCACGUCAUGGGGCCCCCAGGAAUGCGGCAUACCCGAGCGACCCGCCGUCUGGGCGGAGGUCCCGUACUUCAACGACUUCAUCCUCGAGCAGAUCGGGGGAGCUUAAUCCACCUUCAUUCCCUCGUUGGCCAAUAAUACCGGUCCACAGAGUGUCAUUGCUUCACCUCGCGUUGAAUGGCCUUGGAGAUACACAUCGUGAGCAGUGGAUUGGAAGAAAAUACAAAAAUGGCUGCUAAACUACUUUGAAGGCGAUUUGAAGUUGGGAGAUGGAUGUGGAGGUCUCCGAAGCCAUUCAAUUCGGGACAUUUUCAUUUCCUUUUCUCUUCUGCAUAACAUCUCAUAACAUUUCAGUACUAAAGAAGCCCGAGGAAAUUCGCUACGAUUCCAUCAGAAUUUUAGAAUCACUCAAUUAUUUUCAUCCAUGUGAAGGAAAUCCAUAAUUUUCAACGGAAUUACCUUCUUUAAUUUAUCGCAUUUCAGUACUUUUUUCACUUCAGCUUUUGUUUUCCAAGUUUUCACGUAUUGAUAUUAUUUUUCAUUUCAUACCUACCCUUAAGGUAUUGAAUGAAUUCAUUGUCUGUUUUCAGUUUGUGCUACAUUGAAUCUGCAUGCGAUAUGUGGGCAUUAAUAGGGACUUUAUCCGAAGGAUAUCACUCCGAUGCAGCGCGUAAAAAUGAGUCCGUUGAGAUGAACACUGUUUUUCAGCUCGUCAUUAACACACAGCAACCUGCCACACCAAAGGAAUAGAGGUCGAGGAAGGCGACACAAUUUUCUUUUCCCUCCUUUGUUCCUCACGUCCAAGGUGAAGAUGGGCAUGAGUUAAGCCAUUGAAUGUUCUU